UUACAGGAUAAAGCAUUAUUACACGAGGGUUUACCAGCUGAUCCGUUAGGAUGUAGGUGGAGAGUACCUUUAUCAUGGGCUCAAAACCCAUCACGUGUGUUGACAUUUUAUCAAGACCAGUUAGAUGCACAAACCCAUGACCAGGUUUUAUGGGAGCCUUACAUGGGAGACUUAGUUGCCCCUCUUCCGACAAUAUCUCUAGCAGACCAAGAGAUUUGGCGGACAAUGUCACCUCUUAUUUGCUUUAACAUUGUCGAGUGGCAUCAACCGGAGCGAGUGCUGCGACAGUUUGGCCUUCAACAAGGGAUACCUCCAUCUUGUUCCAUAGACCUAGACCUCUAUUCCGUGGAUAGGCGAGGACGACAUAACUAUGAUUGGGGAGCAUUCCAUGCACAGUAUAUUACCUUAUGGGGUAGUCAUGAGGAGCGUAUUGUGACGGCACCACCUAUGGUGGGUGUUAUGCAGUUUCAUGAUCCAUAUAUGGAGUGGUACCGACAUAUUACACGACGUUUGAUCACACCCCCUCUCCAUAGAGAUCAGAUGAGAUAUCAUAGUACAACAGCAACUAGUCAGUUAUUGAUCACUGGUAUGGUUGAGAUUGCUAGUCGAUCUGCUGGGCCUACUUCAAGUGCAUUAGGCGACAUUUAUCGAAUUGCUAUUGAUAUUUUGCAUGUUAUUGGAGAGGAACAUCGCAUACAUUCACUCCGUUAGUCGCCUACAUCAUCAUACUCAUCCAUGAGCCCACCUGUGUUAGCCACUACAAUUAGGAUGCAGCCUAUUCGAGGCUGAGGGAGUGGUAGUAGACGAGAUGAUGGGCGAGUUGGUCGACAACCUCGACGAUCUAUGCAUCCACCUGAGACCAUGUUAGUACCAUCUACAUCAUCUACCCCAUUUGCACCUAAGGCUUCCACACUUCCCCCUUCAUCCCUACCAUCACCUUCACCUAGACCUUCUCCCUUAGGGCAUGUCGUAUCAGAUACCACUCUACCAUCACCUGUAUUUCCUACCACAGAGGCCACUGAACCUGAUGUCAUUAUACCAGAGACUACCCCACUAUCUACUAGUCUACCAUCACCUCUACCUUCUCUCAAGGAGACCACUACACCACAUGUCACCUCACCAUUAUCACUUAUAUCUCCUCUACUCGAGCCCACUAUACCAGAUGUUAUUGCACCAGCUACCAUUACAGCAGAUGUCAUGCUUCCAUCUCCUAUAUCACCUCUUCUAGAUGCUACCAUAUCAGAUAUCACUGUACCUGAGAUCGCCCCACCAUCUACCACUUUACCAUCACCUACACAUCUUCCCAUAGAUAUUACCAUGCAUCAUACCCUUACACAUGUUACACAGUUAGAUGUAUGUCCACCUAGGAGACGUCGUGGUCCACGUAGAUGUCGAGUCUUGCCUCCAUCAGCUCCAUCUCAACCUAUACAUACUGAGACAUGGCAGAUUGCACAGAUAGAUUCCACAGAGAUGUCUCUUUAUCAUAGGCGUCCGUAGAGAAAGAGAACCCCAUCAUGUGGCACUCAUUGAGGACUGUUUUUUAGUUUUUGUG